AUGAAGACUCGCAAAGGAAAAUCUGUGGCUGAACUUAUGUCAGCUAGAAAAGCUAAGAAGACUGUUGUCAUUGGUCCCUCCAAACCAUGGAGCAAGGUUGAAAUAAAGAAGAGGAAGGUCAGAGAUGAUUCUGAGCCUGAAGAGGAUGUUGAGGAAGAUGUCCCUGACAUCUCGCCUGCGAAGAAAACUACUAUUAGGAAGUCUCCUAUUAAAGUACCCGAUGUUCAUUUGGAUAACAUCUCCUUCCAUCUUGAGGAUGGAGCUGCUAAGUGGAAACUUGUGAUUCAGAGAAGGGUGGCUGUGGAAAGGGAAUUGGGAAAAGAUGCUACUGAUGUCAAGGAGGUCAUGAACCUGAUACAAGCUGUUGGGCUUUUGAAGACUGUUGCUGGGUUCUCUCAAUGCUACGAAGGUUUAGUCAAGGAAUUUAUUGUUAAUAUUCCUGAGGAUAUUUCUGAUAAGAACAACAAGGAGUUCUGCAAGGUUUAUGUGAGGGGUAAGUGUAUAACAUUCUCUCCUACUGUUAUUAAUAAUUUUCUAGACAGAAAUAAUGAGGGUGCACGAGAAUUAGAGGUUACAGACAAUCAGUUGACUAUCAAGUAUGUUAUCCUGCAUAAAAUAGGAGCUGCUAAUUGGGUCCCUACCAACCAUAUCUCCACCAUUGCUAAUACUCUUGGGAGGUUUAUUUUUGUUGUUGGGACAAAAGUGAAAUUUGACUAUGGUAGAUAUAUGUUUGAUCAAAUCAUCAAGCAUGCAACUACUAAUGCAGUUAAGCUGCCAAUUGCUUUUCUCUCUAUGAUCUGUGGAAUUAUCUUGAAUCAACAUCAUGGUAUUCUAUGCUCAAAUGAUUUACCUAGUAGGAGAAAACCAGCUCUGUUUGUGCACUACAAACUCUUUGAAGGCAGUCAUGUCGAGGAUAUUGUCAUGACAUCUGCCAUGAGGAGGUCAGUCUCAAAAGUUGGAGCAAUUGCUGAGCUUAAGGAGACUUGGAAAGAGCUGGGUGAAGGGAUUAGGGUAGCCACAGCUAGAAAACAAUCUUUGGAAGCCUUGAUUGAAAGCUUAGAGCAGGCCGAGGGUGAAAAUGUUGAACAUGCUAAUGUCAGCCAUGAAGAAGAAGUUGAAUCCCACACCUCUAGUGAGAGGUCUGCUAAUAAUGAUGAUGCGAGUGGCAAUUCUGCUUCUGAUGCUGCUGAAGAGGCUGCAAACUCAAGCUCUAAUGAGUAG